AUGAUGAUCGGGCGAGAGAAACGACGAAUGGACGCGCUGUUUGCGAAAACAUGGUCAACUGAAAAACGCACGCUUGUAAAACUGCGGAUGCGUGCGCCUGCACAAUUAAAUGUGGUGGAUGGUUGCGACCUUCUUUCCACAAAAACGAGAACGUAUUUCAUCACGGUGACGGUCAGUACGUGCCGAGCAAGGGCCGUUUCGCAGAACUUGUUCGCAAUUGCACCGCAUCGGUGUUGCAGCAUCGUAAACCGCUUUCCUGAUAUGGACGUGCAAAGUCAACCCCAUUUACAUGAAAGAGAACAACGCAGAGAAGGAAAUAGCGCAAUGUAA